AUGUCCAAGUCUCCCGACGGCCCCCCACACCGCAUCAAUGUGCCUAUUGUUCGGUUGCUGAUUAAGCCGAGCGCGCCCGGCCCGGUGGAAAGUCCUUUAUGGAAGGAGAAUCUUGAUAAGAUAUUCAAUUCUGUGUUCUCUCCCAGCCCUGUUCUCCCCAGCUGCCCUCCAAGAUUGUGUCCUUUAUCCUUUGGCGAAGGAGUUGAGUUUGACCCUUUACCACCAAAGGAAAUAAGGUACACAUCCUCGGUUAAAUACGACUCAGAGAAGCACUUCAUUGAUGACAUCUAUAUGCCAGUGGGCUUAAGCAUUUCUUCUUGCAGUCAGACGGUCAUCUGUGUCCCAAACUGCACGUGGCGCAAUUACAAAGCAGAGGUCCACUUGGAGCCCCGCAACAAGCCCCAGCGUUUCACCAGCACCACCAUCGUCUACCCGAAGCACGCCAAGACUGUGUACACCACCACGCUGGAUUACAACUGUCGGAAGACCAUGCGGCGGUUCCUCUCCAGCAUAGAGCUGGAAACUUCGGAGUACCUUGGGAACGACUGUGUCCUGGAUGGUUGCUGACUGACGGCUGUCCCUCUUGCUCUGAUCCAUCCCAGUCCCAUCUAACGUACUGUGCUAACUCCACUAGCUAAAGCGGGUACAGACCCUCUUUCUCAGCUCUUAAUUCCUGCUUUAAGCAUCAGAAUGGCCUGAACGCAGUUUUCUGUGGGAACAUAACUUAGUAAAGAACUUGUUUCUUCGCCUUUAAAGUUGUGAGUUCCCUCCCCUUCCCCUCAGUGCAGUAAUCAGAUGAAAAUAAGGGGAAGUAUUUUCCCCGAGAAAAAAUUGACAGGUAAGAAAGAAUGCUGAAUAGUGCCUGGUAGGUGGAAAUCCAUUUGAUGCUUUGUGGUGAUAUGCAAAAAUAAGGGCGGUUCACGCUCUUGCAGAGAAUCUACCAGGUCAUUUGGUUACAGAUAGCCAGAGCUGUCAUUCAUUUCAGUUUAGAUCGUGAGACUGUUUUGUCUAGAAGAACCAUCUGGAAAUGGCUGGACAAAGCUAACAGAAAAAUCUGGAAUUCUGCAUUUAACAGAUAUAAAAAUGUUAUCCUAUGGCAUUCAUGUCCAGUUUGAAGGUGUGAGUUGGAAAGAAGAGGAAUUCUGAGUAGAGCAGGAGAUAAGCUGCUUUUGCAGCUCCAGGCAGCAGAGAAAGGAUCAGGUAAUUCAAAUUCUUUAGGUGAAUGGUGCGAUGUAUCUUCUGUAGUUACGACUUCUACAGCGCUAUAGUCUGUGUAACACGCUAGCAUUUGUGUACUACGUGUAGCGGGACUUGUAAUGAAGAAUAUCAGACCAAAUAUUAUCCCUGUAUUGUUGGAAAGUCAGGUCUUGACAGUGUGGUGGUGGAAAAACACCAGUGCCUAGUUUUUACUGACGUCGUUCUGUCUGCACUUAAGGGAGUUGUUACUAGGAAAGUUUCAGAAGAUGUGCCGUGUAUACAGGGACCUAGAGCGGAGAAGGAGAUGCUGGGGUCGGGCGUAAGACGCUGUCGUGGUGGGGGUUGUGGAGAGGUAGAUGGUAGCAAAGGACAGGCAAAUUUUUACUGCAUAGCAAAAUCCACAGCUGUAGCUCUGCUUCCCCGUUGAGCUUCUCAUUGCAAAGGUCCGUGUCCUCUCUGGACUUGAAUAUUCAGGAUGUCACUGGGAUGGGGUAGCAUUUGCCUGUCUGUAGGCUGCUGAAUAACCCCUCCAGUCCCAAGUGCAUGAUGAGUUUGGGGACCAAAGGGAAUAACUUCAGGUGCUGUGAAAGGCCAUCUGGAUGUUACGUGCAUUAGUUUAUCAUGCGCUUUGAUGAAAAUAAGACAAAGAGGUUUCUUACUUUACCCAGAUUUUUGGGGUUUUUUUUUCUAUACUGACAAUGUAGUGUGGAGAGCAUCCGCUUUUGGGAGUGUGGCUUAUGUUGGUGGCUAGCGUGGCGUAGCAGCUCAGAAACACUUGGUAGACUUGACUUAGCUGGACACGGCUUUUCCAAAACUCCUCUGAGGUGUGGGUCACCUUCUGGUGCAGCAUCAGCCCUGGACCUGCUUUUAAAGAGGACUUCACUAGUGCGUCGCCUCAAGGGUGAAUGUUGUCAGUGGUGAAUUAGAAACUCGGGAGCCCGUUCUUGAGCUGUACUUAACGCGUGUUUGUGCAAGUGUGAUGAAUGGUGUGGAAGUGUACUCGAGUGUGAACUGAAAUGAUUUGGGAGACUAAAAAUGCAGCAGGACGGAAAGCUUGAGUCUGUGUGGUUUGGGUUUUUUGUUGUUUUGGUUUGGUUUUUUACUUAUUUAUUAGCUCAGAACAGAAUGUCCUUAAUCUUUGGUACUGGCCUCAGAAAACCAGAUCCUAAAACCAGGGUGACAGAGGAUGCCAAAGUCGGGUGGGCAUUGCUCCAGAGUUGUUAAGAGCAGCACAUUCUUCUCAAUAAACGUGUUGGUUUCAGACUACAGUAUUUAGGAGAAGUAUCUUAAAUACAUGUUGCAAAUCUCCCCUAAACAUUGCCCCAAGAUAUACUUGUCGCGAAACAGAAGGCACAACGCAGCCCCUAAGUGCGUGGGGUUUCAAAUGGACAGAACUCUUCUUUGGGGAAGCUAUUGCAUCGUGGCUCGCUUCGCAGUUUCGUGUACCUUGCUCCUGAAACAUCUGGUGCUGGCCGCUGUUGGACACAGGACGCUGCAAGAACACGGACCCUGGAUUGCUCCGACAACGCUCUAAAAAGAAUUCGUUUGCAGGAGAUCUGAGAGAAGAUUAUUUUAAGUUGUAAUCGUUAAUCGUCCCUAGUUAAAUUAGCAAUUAAAUGACCUUUACACUAUGGUUUUAGGAUAAAGCACCUGAUUUUUAUAAAGCAAACAAACUUAAUUAUGUACCUCUUAAAAAUAUUUUAAUUGGUAGAGAUACCUUUUAAAUUAUUUAUGUUCCAACAUUUGCAAAGCUCUGAUUAGUUCUGUGCAAGUGUUCUGAUGUCUGUGACGUUUCCCACCCCCCCUUUCUAAUUUUCAGUUUGUCUUUUACUUUAUUGGUAAUAAAUGAUCUGAAAACC